AUGACGACUGCAUUUCAUCGCCCCGGAUGGCCUGACUGGAAUAAUCCGGAUCUGGUUUGGGAGGAGCGACAGGUUUUGGACCUCAGCCGCCCCUUAACCAUACCACCCUCCAUCAUCUAUUGGUCCGUUCAGUAUAACUUGCCCGUAUACGCGCACCCUCGGUUUGACCCUGAAUCCACGCGCAUCUAUGCACGGCCGUACGCGUCGAGUCUGGACGGCUUCAGUGAUUACUCAGCGGCUGAACAGCGUCGGAAACUUGGGCUGCCGCCACUUGAUAACCCCCCUAUCAUUCGGCCGCAGAAGAUUCUGUAUAGCCUCGAGUGCGAGACGUGCCCAGACGAAGAUGUGCUGGCCAGAAGAGUUGCCAUGUUGCUUCCCACUCUCCGCCCGGACGACGAAAGACUACCAGAACCCCCUCCUGAAGGUCCCGCGAAGGUUACCGGGCCUCCGCCCCGUCUUUCGGGUUUCAAGCUCAAGCGGACCUUCGAGAGCGAUAGUGAGGAUAGCGAAUCCGAUGUCCCGCAGUCGCCUCGAUCUGCAUCUCGGCGCUCACCACCUUUCGAGAAUAAACGUCCCGACAACAAAACAGGUUCAACGCCCAAACGAAGAAAGACGUCUCCCUCGCCACCCCUCCCCUCCCCACCUGAAUAG